AUGUCGGAAAACCUUCACACUCACGCGAGAAGCGGAACCCUUACCCUGAAUAAUGUUCCCCAACUCCUGAUUGAGGUGGAAGUCAAUGAUCUAGAUAGCUAUGGUGAUACAGCUCUUGAUCUUGCGAUCCGAAACGGCCACGCCAGUGCGGUAAAGCUACUCCUGCAGAAUGGUGCCGACGCCAAUAGAGUAUCGCCGGAUGGCAAAAGCCCGAUCUAUGCAGCCACUAUGGCCCCAAACAGUGGCCGCAUUGUCGAGCUGCUGCUCAAGCACGGUUCUAAGCCAGAUGAGUCGGUAUCAAAGCCGAACGGAGACACUCCGUUGAUGUCGGCAAUUCGACAAGGCACCAGCCCCGAGGCCAUUCGUGCCCUUAUUCAGGCAGGAGCAUCCAUGGACAAGUCAAAUGAACUGGGAGAAUCACCCAAGAAGCUUGCAGAGAAGUCCACCAACACCGCUGUCCAGAAGGCUAUUCGCCCCGCAGGUGAGGCUCCGGAAUGGAAGCCCGAACUGGAGAAUCUUCUCGUGAGCACCGGUCUAUUUGCUCUGGCCUACUUCAAAAAUUUUAAAGAUGUUGGUCUGAAUGCCAUAAACCGCGUUGCUGCAUUAUCAGAACCAACUCCCGGUCAAAUCACGAACCCCCGUACGGCAGAAGAGUUCAAGGCAAACCUUGAAGACUACAUCAGUGCGAAGGGUCUCGAGGACUUUUACCCCGUUGGUAGUCCAGAUGUGGCCGAGAUAGCAGAAAAUUCUGCGAGAAUUCUGAAAAAUUCGACCGUUGCGGGUGCAACACCCAGGAACGUAACCAUUAUGUCCCGCCAGGGGUUGUACCAGCCUAUCCUGUACUGUGACGACAGUGGCUCGAUGAAGGAGGAUGACCGCAUGAAUCGACAGGCAGUUAUGGUCUCACGAAUGGCAUGGCUGAUUACACAAGCUGCUCCAAGCGGUACAAAGGUUCAUCUUCGUUUCAUUAACAAGAGCGACAAGUUCAAUGAUCUUGAUCCCAGCCAACUUUCCUCGAAAAUGACUUUUACUCCCGAUGGAUCGACUGAGCUGGGUACACACCUGAAAGGGAAAGUCUUGAAUGACUUCCUAUACGGGCCAAUCAAUAGCGGCCUGCCUUUGGCCAAACCACUCCUAAUUCUGACCGUUACCGAUGGAUGUCCGAACGUUGAGGCUGUAGAUACAUAUGAAAAGGAAAUUAGAAACUCGCUCGAUUUUUUGAAGCAGAACGGCUUGGGAGAAGAAGCUGUUCGGUAUGACCUCAGCCAGGUGGGAACUGCACCCGAAGCAACCAAAUUCUUGGAAAGCUGGCAGAUGAACGACCUCGUUCCGAAUAACAUUUAUGUGACUGCUGAACGCUUGGAUGAACAGUUCGAAAACCUCGUAAAUAACGAUGCUGACCUUAAUGAUUGGCUUUUGGAGAGACUCGACGCGAGUAACCCUAUCCAUUAUUAG